UUUCCAUAUAUGCGUGGCCAUUUUAACCGAUUUCGUGUUACCGCAGAGGUUUGUGAUUUUUGCAUACCUGUAUUGUAACGCGAAUAAUACACAAUAAUCGCCUGUACAGUAUCUACUAAGUUUUACUUCACUUCACUUUGUUUUAGAUACUGCUUUUGAAAAGUUUGUCAUAGACAAAAACGUCAAGACAGGGCUCGGCUGGCAGAAGUGACAAAGAAAAACGUGAUUUGCCGAGCUGCAAGUAGUGAACGUAAAGAGAUUUUGGAACCUAGGAGAUAAUAACCGGAGCUCAAGGAAAGCGUUUACUUUACAAAGAAAAAGAAAAGAAAAAAAACAAACAAAAGAAAAUAUAAAAAACGUGUGCGGCUCCGUCACUUGUGUAUAUGUUAGUACCUCGAAUUUGGUGGUAAACGUGGUGGAGUCAAAAGUGUAUCGGUGAAAAAAACACAGUUGUCAUUGAGCAAAUCUGAUAAAUUUGAGUGGACUUAUAAUUUUCAUAGAGUUAAACAAAUCAAAAAUAUACUAGAUAUCAAAUAUGGCUCAAGAAAACACUGAGAUGGCUACCAAAUUUUCGACGCUUAAUGUGAACGCUGUCGAAUUUGUACCAAGUUACGGUUAUAGCAGCGUUGCAGCUAGUGCGGCAGCAGUUGCGGCGGCUUCAGUAACAACAGCUGCGCCCACACCGAACGUUGCACCAAUGGAUGCAUCAUCGCUGCCGGAGUCUGGUAGUGCCACUCCCGCCACAACCCCAGAUUCUGCCGGUUCAGGCGGUUCUACAAAUGCAUUGAAUGCCACUGCCGCAGCCGCUGCCUUACAAGCGGUACCGCCUGGAGCAGCAACCGAUACUCCAUCUGAUUCUCCCAUGCAAACAUCACCUGUGACCACACCUUCGGCUGCAGCACCCAUGGAAAACAUUAACACCGCAGACAAAAUCGCUGCCAACAAUGAGAACGAUCCAGCUGAUAGUUGGGACGUUGAGGAUGAUCCUGUCAUAACCCCAGACGACGACGAACCUGACGAAGCUAUUGAUGAUAUUGAAAAUGAUAUUACGCCAAAGGUCUCAAAGAAGAAAACACCCAAGGUUGAAGAAUCGCGUAGUAAAAAAGAACAUGUGAACGUUGUCUUCAUUGGACAUGUUGAUGCUGGUAAAUCAACAAUUGGUGGCCAGAUAAUGUAUCUCACGGGUAUGGUUGACAAGCGUACUCUCGAAAAAUACGAACGUGAGGCACGAGAAAAAUCAAGAGAAAGUUGGUACCUUUCGUGGGCAUUGGAUACUAAUCAGGAGGAACGUGACAAGGGCAAAACUGUUGAAGUGGGCAGAGCCUUCUUCGAAACAGAGCGCAAACAUUUCACAAUUUUGGAUGCGCCUGGGCACAAAAGCUUUGUGCCCAACAUGAUUGGUGGUGCAGCCCAAGCUGAUCUGGCAGUGUUGGUAAUUUCGGCUCGAAAAGGUGAAUUCGAAACUGGGUUUGAUCGGGGUGGACAAACGCGUGAACAUGCUAUGUUGGCUAAGACAGCUGGUGUUAAGCAUUUGGUUGUUUUGGUUAAUAAAAUGGACGAUCCGACUGUAAAUUGGGAUGAAACACGUUACAACGAAUGUAGGGACAAGAUUUUACCAUACCUCAAAAAAUUGGGUUUCAACCCUUCAAAGGAUUUAACCUUUAUGCCUUGCUCUGGUUUGGGCGGCGCCGGCUUACGUGAUCCUGUACCAGCCGAUAUUUGCCCCUGGUAUAGAGGGCCGGCGUUUAUACCAUUCAUUGACCAGUUGCCUUCGCUUAAUCGCAAUGCCGAGGGCCCAUUCAUUAUGCCUAUCGUUGACAAAUAUAAGGAUAUGGGUACAGUGGUAAUGGGGAAAGUAGAGUCAGGAACUGCGCGAAAGGGACAAAACUUAUUGGUCAUGCCAAAUAGGACACAAGUCUCUGUGGAUCAACUAUUCUCAGAUGACGAUGAAGUUACAUCUGUGGGUCCUGGCGAGAACAUUAAAGUCAAACUGAAGGGAAUUGAAGAGGAGGAUGUUUCACCUGGUUUUGUUUUGUGCGAUGCCACCAAUCCUAUUAAAACUGGCAAAGUUUUCGACGCGCAAGUGGUUAUUUUAGAGCACAAAUCUAUUAUUUGCGCUGGCUAUUCGGCGGUUAUGCACAUUCACUGUGCGGCUGAAGAGAUUACGGUGAAAGCCUUAAUUUGUUUGGUCGACAAAAAGACAGGAGAAAAGUCAAAAACACGUCCUAGGUUUGUUAAACAAGACCAAGUGGCAAUUAUGCGUAUUGAAUGUUCCGGAAUGAUAUGCCUUGAGCAAUUUAAGCUAUUCCCACAAAUGGGAAGAUUUACACUUCGCGAUGAGAACAAAACUAUUGCCAUUGGCAAGGUAUUGAAAGUGAUCGAAUAAAUUGAGUAAAGCUAAAUUCAUCUCAACGCCUUUCUUCUAAACAAGAAACAAACAUGGAGCCUAAAUGAUCAGCGUCAUACUCGUUUAACGGAAAUCAUUAACGCCAUGUCAGACAAAAAUGAAAAUAGUAAUGAAGUUGGGCAAAACAUGAUGAAGAUAAAAAAUUAAAAAAAAAGAAAAACAAUUAUAAUAUAAAACGAACGAAAAACAAAAAAUAUGAAAAGUAAACAUAAAUAUAUAAUUAUAUUAUUGCUACAAUUAAAUAUGAGAAAACUUAUAUGAAAUUAUUGAUUUUAUUAUUUCGGUUGAAUUUAUAACAAAGUCAUAGAAACAGUAAAUGAAUUACUAACGCAAAUGAACAUUUAAAUAACAGCUGCUAAAAGUAAGCGUAAAGUAAUUUUGAAUUGAUUUUUUUAUAUAUAUAAAAGUCGAUAGCAUUUUAAUAUCGAGAUAUUAAAAACAAAAAAUAAAUAAAUAAAUAGACAA